UAAGUGCUUGUCUCUCGUAUGUUUGACGAAGGGCGAUUCAGGUGACGCAGCCAAGACGCGGGAUGCCUCGGUUCCUUGUGAAUGGGAGUCGACAAUUUAAUAAACGACAGCAUCGAAACCUCGGGUCAUUGGUUGCCAGAUCGUACUCGUACUGGCGAGUAAGCAACAGAUAGAUCGCACUUGCUUCUCCUUCUCGUCUGCUUCCAUCAUUUCUCAAGCCGGUCGUUGUUCGAUUCGGAGGAUUUAUUGUAUUAUUGAUCAAGACCACCUUUCUCCGUAAUACCGCGACUUCACUCCUCACAACCUUUUUCUCCUAAGCCGGACCAUCACAUACGCCAUGUCUCGACCUGUCGCUCUCGCAAGGGCAAGUGAGAUUAGAACACCCCCUCCGCCUGGCGCACCUUACAGUGUUGCUCUCGACGGAAGUGAAGAGGAAGGACGUAGCAAGGUUUACAGACACUGGAGAUUCAAGGACGGUCUGCUGGAAUCUUUGGACCCCCAAAUCACAUCCGCCCAUGACUUCUUCGAAAAGACUGCCAACCGCAUCCCCAACUCGAGAUGUCUCGGAUACCGCCCCUACGAUUCUACCACCAAGACCUUCGGCCCCUACGUGUGGGAGACAUAUGGCCAGGUCCAGGAGAGAAGAAAGAACUUUGGUAUCGGCAUGGUCCAUCUUCACCACCAAUAUGGCAUCACUGGUAGACAACACGGUGUCGGGCUCUGGUGCCAGAACCGUCCCGAGUGGCAGAUUGUUGACUUGGGAUGCAUGUCGCAGUCUCUCUACACCGUCUCUCUUUACGACACUCUCGGCCCCGACACGACCGAGUACAUCAUCAACCACUCUUCGCUAGCCGCUGUCGCAACCUCCCUGAGCCAUAUUCCUACUCUGCUCAAGCUCGCUCCCCGCUGCCCUACCUUGAAGAUCAUCGUGUCGCUCGACCCUCUCAGCUCGGGCACCGAACUACCAGGAAACUCAAAGGCAGAUCUGCUCAAUGCUCUGGCUUCCGAAGCCGGUAUUCAGGUCAUCUACAUCCGCGAUGUCGAGGCUCUGGGUGAAGCCAGUCCCCGCCCCUACAACGUUCCUCAACCCGAAGACAUUGUCACCAUCAACUACACUUCUGGUACAACCGGUCCCCCCAAGGGUGUCGUCCUGACCCAGAAGAACGCCGUUGCAGCAGCUUCGGCUUCCAUGACCUUGGUCGACAUGCGUGAAAACGAAGUCAUGUGCUCUUACUUGCCCCUGGCCCAUAUCUACGAGCGUGUGACCGAAGGCUCUGCUCUCUGGGCUGGCGGUGCUAUUGGCUACUUCCACGGCAACAUUCUGGAGCUCGUCGAUGAUUUCAAGCUUCUCCGUCCGACCAGCUUAAUCAGUGUACCGCGUCUGUACAACCGCUUCGGCGGUGCCAUCAAGACCGCUACUCUGGAAGCAUCUGGUGUCAGAGGAGCUCUUUCAAGACAUGUUGUAUCAACCAAGUUGGCAACUCUCAGCAGUCCCGAUCCUAAGCAGGCAACCAACAAACACGCCUUUUACGACCGUAUCUGGGGCAGAAAGGUUACAGCUCAACUUGGUUUGGACCGUGUGAGAGCCAUGGUUUCGGGAUCUGCUCCCAUUGAUCCGUCACUACAGCAGUUCAUGCGUGUGGUCUUCGGAAACAGUUUCCUCCAAGGCUAUGGUUUGACCGAAACUUACGCCAUUGCUUGCGCUCAAGUUGAGGGUGAUAUGACAGCGGGUAACUGUGGUGCAGUCAUGCCUACAAGUGAGCUGUGUUUGAUGGACGUGCCAGACAUGGAGUACUUUGCAUCCGACAAACCUUUCCCUCGCGGUGAAUUGUUGGUUCGCGGACCGACUGUGUUCAGAGAAUACCUCAAGAACCCCGAAGAGACGGAAAAGUCGCUCCUGCCCGACGGUUGGUUCCGCACCGGAGAUAUCUGCUCAGUCGACGAGUUGGGCCGCUUCAAGAUCAUCGAUCGCAGAAAGAACGUCCUCAAGCUAGCACAGGGCGAGUAUAUCUCACCAGAGCGCAUUGAAAACGUUUACCUUGGUAACACCACUUGGUUCUCGCAAGCCUAUGUGCACGGAGACAGCGACAGAGCAUUCUUGGUUGCCAUAUUUGGUAUUCAAGCUGACACAUUUGCUGGUUUCGCAAGCAAAGUGCUUGGUAAACAGUUGGGCGCAACCGACAUCAAGGCUUUGGAGGCGGCAGCACAGGACGUCAAGGUCCGCCAUGCCGUGCUCAAGGAGCUUGACAAGAUUGGCAAAAAGAACAAGUUCAACAGAUACGAGAUGGUACGCAACGUACGAUUGAUGGUGGAGCCUUUCACCGUCGACAACGAGCUCCUCACACCUACCCUCAAGUUGAAGAGACCUCAGACGGCAAAGAAAUACCGCGCACUCCUCGAUGAGAUGUACACUGAGGCCGAAGCACAAAGCAGUGCUAGAGCCAAGUUGUAGAAGAAUAUACUACAAUCUAGAUAGGGAUGGCUCAGUACUCAACACAUACAUGCAGUGUGCAGAAGAGCUCAUGGUCAGCUUUCGAAUAACAUUAACGAUUUCACAACAA